GUGACGAAUAUCAAAAUGCUGUCGGCACUGGUGAUAGUUUUCGCAUUUACGGGGAUCCAUUGUGAACCAGAAACAGUGAGAGAAAACUUUGAUUACUUUAGUUACGGUACUAACGAAGAUAUACUGAAGAACUUGGAUCUUCAUUUGCCGAAAGAUGAGAUUGUGCUGAGACCCCAGGAAGUCAAAGACUGGCCUCAACAGUCACUUAACGUAGGCCAGAUAACGGCUGUAUCAAUCAACUCUUUGGGGCAACCCUUAAUAUUCCAUAGGGCCGAAAGAGUAUGGGAGGAAAGCUCAUUCAACGAAUCCAACGUUUAUCAGAAUUUGGACAAGGGUCCCAUUAUAGAAGAUACGAUCUUAGUUCUGGAUCCUCACACUGGAUCCGUCUUGCACAGCUGGGGGGCGUAUGCCUUUUACAUGCCACAUGGACUCACAGUAGACCACCAUGAUAAUGUUUGGGUCACUGAUGUUGCUAAGCAUCAAGUGUUCAAGUACAUUCCUAACAACCAUAAAUACCCGAGCUUGACGAUCGGCGAGGCCUUCACGGCUGGCUACCCUUACCGUCGCCGUGUGUUGCUCUGCAUGCCUACAUCAGUCGCCGUGGCCACCACCGGCGAAAUAUUUGUCGCUGACGGCUAUUGCAACAACCAAAUACUCAAGUUCAACGCUGCAGGGAAACUCCUAUUAGCUAUACCCUCGUACUCAGAUACGCUGACCUUGAACCUACCACACAGCGUUACAUUACUGGAACAUUUGGAUGUCGUAUGUGUCGCAGAUAGAGAGAACAUGAGGAUCGUAUGCCCAAAAGCUGGAUUGAAGAGUUAUAUUAAGAUGUUGGAACCUGCCACUGUUAUUGAGGACCCUACUUUGGGCAGGGUGUUCGCUGUAGCGUCUCAUGGUGAUACGAUCUAUGCGGUGAAUGGCCCGACGUCCCAAAACAUUGCUGUCCGAGGUUUUACUGUCAAUGCCCUAUACGGAAAUAUCUUGGAUACUUGGGAACCUACCACUGGAUUCACGAAUCCUCAUUCAUUGGCAGUGACAAGAAACGGAUCACACCUCUACGUCACCGAAAUUGGACCCAACAAGAUCUGGAAGUUCGAAUUGACAGAUGUCUACGAUAAAAAGUAACCGUCUAUUGCCAUAGAUAAAUAAAACUAUAAUCGUUAUUCAAAGUAUAAAUAGUGAAAUUGCUUGACGGUGAAUAAAAUUCGCCAAUUUAGGAAGAGGAAACGAAAAAUUUUGAUUGAAAAGUAUAGGCGUUAGUUAAAUGUUUGUAAAGACAAUUAUGGGGAUAUACCAAUAUAACCUGGUAGUCAACAGUCCUAGUCAAAGUAAUUGUUCUUAAAGCUUCGAUAGCUCACCUGCCCUUGUUUAAUCAUAGAGCGAUACUUGCUUAACUAUAACCCUAUAUAAAUUGAAUAUUUAAAGGUUCCUGCCUCGACGGCUCAUUGAAACGAGAAAUGUAUAUUGAUAGCUAGUUGUAAAGCGAAUAUUUUAAUAUUGGGAUAAAGGGCCAAGAAAUGUAAUCACGCACAGACAAAUAAAGUCGUUUGAUUGGAUUGGACGUUACUAAAAACAGCGUUCAAGACAGCGUUCGUAAUAAAAUGAAAUACCGAUAUAUAUUUUCAUAAUAUAAUGUAACUUGUCUUCACUAAAUAAAAUAUUAAUUUAUCUUUAACGCAAUUCUAGUAGUUAUUUAGUAAUGUAGUAAGUAUUAAUUGGACCAAUAAUUGGCAUGUUCAAACGAAGUUUAAUCAGUAUAUCAAUUCGGUAGCAAUGAUAAUAUAAUAAAGUGAAAAAAUAUAGUAUUCAUUGAUGAAAUUAAA